AUGGAGAGGUGUUGCACGCUCUUUGUUAUUUUCCUUAGUGUAUGUGCGCUGACCAUUGCGCCCGAUUUACUACAUCAAUUAGUGCUCAGAGCCUCCGCUACCAGCGUGUUGGGUCGUGAUACGCUGCCGAAGUUGACUGUUUCCUUACUUGGUGACUUUAAUUACGAUAUACUCUAUGGCCGACCCGGUGGGUACGGACCUUGCAACCAAGGGCAGGCGUCACUCGUCACCCCGGGCUGUGAAUCUCCACUGAAGCUCGUUCAGUCCGUUAUGGAUGACGUAGCAAAAUGGGAGGGGACUUUCACUCUCUUUUCUGGUGGUCUUAUGCGCCACAGCAUGGAAACGGUUACCCCCGCGGAAAUGGAGUACACAAUGAAGGAGGUGAUAGGUGUGAUUGCCUCUGCAUCAGGGGUAAACGGCACGCAGGAUGCUGCAUCACAACCAACAGUUUUGGCACUGGGAGGUAAUGACCUUUCCCCUGCUAACAGUUUCAGCCCCAUUAGUGCCCAACCCCAGUACGUACAACUGUUGCGUCUUAUGUUAAGCGAAGGUCUGCUUACAAGAGAGGAACAUUCACACAUGUCUUACUGUGGCUUUUACUAUCGUGAUGUAGCCGGAACAAAGAUUCGAGUAAUUGUCCUCAACACAUUACUGUGGUCAAACUCAUUGAGACCACCUCUUAGCGUUGGGGAUGUUGAUCCGUGUGGGCAAUUUCCAUUCCUUCAGGCAUCCAUUGAAUGGGCAAAGCAGCGGGACCGCAGUGUUAUAAUAUUGGGUAACGAACCUCCCAUACUCAAUGUUGAGGAGGCGGUACGUAUGAAAAGUGUUGGAGAUGCAACCUACUAUUGGCGCAACGACUUUCGGGAGGCCUAUCUUCGCAUCAUUGGCAGUAACCGCUUCACCGUCGCAGCGCAGUUUUUUCAUACUGGUACACUGGGAUUUGUAGCAUCAUCUAAGCUGGGUCCUCCGAUGUACAUAAUUCCAUCGGUUUCCCCGGUUGCGGGAAGCAAUCCAUCCUACAUACGGGCUACGCUCGACAGUAACACUGGGCGGGUGGUUUCGUUGCAGCAGCGAUAUCUGGUAGAGAACGGUUCAUGGGUUUAUGGAGACAAAUUGGAAGACAUUCUCCACGUUUCGCUCAGGGGGAUGAAUGAAUACUCUGUGGAGGAUUAUCUAACCAUUGCGCAAAGUGAGGCACAUUGGGAACCUUUUUCAAGGAUGCGGGCUGGUGGUCGCUAUCUAACUGAAAAGGAGCAUUGUGGUUUUUGGUGCCGCCACCUUAUUAUAUGUGCUUCGGUAUAUUACGAGAAGACGGACAUUGACUACUGCACUACGUCUGUAUUGCCGUCUCGAAGCCUCGGGGUUUGGCUGUCAAUAAUUUCCGCAUGCAGUGGCGGCUUGGCGUUAGUUGCGGCCCUGACGUACGGUUUUGGAAGCAGGCGGAUUAUUUUUUCCCCUCCUCCGGGGGCAGAACGUGAGGUUACGCAACGGCUGUUUUCAACCCGCGCACAAAAGGUUUACAAUUGA